ACCAAAGGAAGUCCUAAGCUCACAUUAAAACUCCCACUCUCUCUCUCUCUCUCUCUCUCUCUCUCUCUGCUUCCACUCUCCCCACCUUCCACCCAACCCAACUCUUUUAUUUAUUUUCCAAAUAUAUGCAUAUAUAAACAAAGUUUCAUGCUAUUUUACAUAAAUUUUAUACCCAAUAUUCUCUUUCUUUUCCCAACUUUCUCUCUUCUUCUCUGAUUUUUUUAGGGUUCUCUUGGUUGGUUUUUGAGGAGGACUACAAUUUGAAGUCAGUCAUCGACUUAGAGUGUUUUUAAAACCCUGAAGUUUGAUUGAAUUGAUGAUAAAUUGGUUGUGUUUUACUUGGGCGACUAUGUAUAUGCUACAAAGUAGUAGAAGAGGGUUGGCAUAAGGGAACCCUUUAAACCAGCUUAAUAGUCAUGGAUCAACAAGGGCAUGGGCAUGGGCAGCGCACAGCGAUGACGGUUGGCGGUGGUAGUCAAGCAUCGUAUGGCGUAAACCCAUAUCAAUCCAACAAAAUGAUGGGGCCAUCUUCGGGUGGAUCAGUUGGAUUACUGCAGAGUCCUACUCAAUCAGCAGGCCCCUCUGCCUCACCUCAGCUUGCCCAACACCAACUUGCUUAUCAGCACAUCCAUCAGCAGCAACAAGAGCAACUGCAGCAACAACUCCGGUCUUUCUGGGCAAAUCAGUAUCAAGAGAUCGAGCAAUCUAGCGAUUUCAAGAACCAUAGUCUGCCUUUGGCCAGGAUCAAGAAGAUUAUGAAGGCUGAUGAGGAUGUUAGGAUGAUAUCAGCUGAAGCUCCAGUCAUAUUUGCCAGGGCUUGCGAGAUGUUCAUUCUAGAGUUAACACUGCGUUCUUGGAAUCACACGGAGGAGAACAAGAGGCGAACGCUACAAAAGAAUGACAUUGCAGCUGCAAUUACAAGGACUGAUAUAUUCGACUUUUUGGUUGAUAUCGUCCCAAGGGAGGAUCUGAAAGAUGAAGUGCUUGCUUCGGUUCCUAGAGGGAGCCUUCCUGUUGCUGGUCCAGCUGAUGGGGUCCCUUACUACUAUGCUGCUCCCCAGGUUGCUCCACCUGGGAUGAUGGUUGGAAAGCCUGUGAUGGAUCAAGCUGUGUAUGGACAACAGACUCGCCCUUACAUGAACCAGCCAACAUGGCCGCAUCAACAGCAACCCCCCAAUGAUUCUUGAGUGGAACAGGGUUUGGCUUGGAGUAUACAGCUGAUAAGAGUUGUGAAUUUUCACUAUAUAUCAUAGUUGCAGGGUCAACAGUCAAUAGUGAUUUGUCUUGAAUACAAUACAAAUUAAACACUUCAAUUCUCAGUGAGAGAUUACAUAGUGCUUGUUCUUAUUGAUGAUACAUGAUAAAAAUCCUUGAAAGGUGCUUGGUACUA